UGGUAGACCAACCAGUCAAAAAAUACUCCCUCCUUUGCUACAUCACUCUUCACUUCAUCCUUCAAAUUAAACCAUUUCUCUUUUCUUAACCAAUAAACCUUCUUCUAUAUAUGAUCUUAUACAAACACAUAUAGUAGUAUUUAUUGAAUCUCUCCCGUAUCCACCUCAAAGUCAUAACCCUUUUAAAGUUAAACCUCUUUCUUAGUCUCACCUACAAGCCAUACACACAUACCUGCAAGUCUUCUAUUCUAUAUACUUUCUUCAUUGAAAGUUCAGCUUACCAUCUUUUCUCUCUUGAUUUUUCGUUGUCUAUUUACUUGUCAUGAAACAACAGAAACCAAUUUUACCUGUUUCAGACUUUUUUCCUACUUUUGGAAAGGUGUUUUAGAUAUGAUUAAAUAUUGCAGAGAAAUGAAAGAAAAAACUGUUUGGUAAUGACUGAAUGAAUAAAGAAUGGCUGCUCCAUCUCCAUUAGGCAGUAAGCUUCAAAACAUGUUGCAGGCUGCGGUGCAAUCUGUUCAGUGGACUUAUAGCCUCUUCUGGCAACUUUGCCCACAACAACUGAUUCUAGUAUGGGGUGAUGGAUAUUACAAUGGAUCAAUUAAGACUCGAAAGACAGUGCAACCAAUGGAGGUUAGUGCUGAGGAAGCAUCUCUACAAAGAAGCCAGCAACUAAGAGAACUCUAUGAAUCAUUGUCUGCCGGAGAGACAAAUCCACCAACUCGUCGUCCAUGUGCUUCCUUGUCACCUGAGGACCUAACAGAAUCUGAAUGGUUCUAUUUGAUGUGUGUCUCUUUCUCUUUUCCUCCUGGUGUAGGGUUGCCUGGAAGGGCAUACACAAAGAGACAGCAUAUAUGGCUCACGGGUGCAAAUGAAGUGGAUAGCAAAAUAUUUUCAAGAGCUAUUCUAGCUAAGAGUGCUAAUAUACAGACUGUGGUAUGUAUUCCUGUAUUGGAUGGCGUCGUUGAGUUUGGCACAACGGAUAAGGUUCAAGAAGACCUUAAUUUCAUCAAACAUGUGAAGAGCUUCUUCUUAGAUGGUCACUCUUUGCCGCCAAAGCCAGCACUCUCAGAACACUCAACCUCUAACCCAACUUCCUCAACCGAUCACAUUCCUACCAUCAUGUACACCAUGGCAGACCCACCCUCUACAAAUCCCAAUCAAGACGACAUGGAUGAAGACGAGGAAGAAGAAGAAGAAGAAGAUGAAGAAGACGACGAAGUUGAAUCCGAGUCUGAAGACGAAACAGGAGGUCGUAUCCGACGUGCAACCUCAAUGACGGCUAUUGUAGAGCCAAGUGAGUUGAUGCAAAUUGAAAUGCCCGAUGAUAUUCGGAUCGGGUCGCCAAACGACGGGUCAAAUCAUUUAGAUUCAGAUUUUCAUUUAUUAGUUGUGAGUAAUCAAGGAAACCCGUUAGGACACGUGGACUCGUACAAAACCGAUUUAACACAAAGGUGGGGCCCAAUUGAAGAACCGGUGGGUAAUUUGCUACAAGUUCAACUACCAUCCUCAGUACUUCAUCAUCAACUAGAAGACUUAACACAAGAAGACACACACUACUCUCAAACUGUUUCAACCAUUCUUCAAAACCAAUCAACACAAUGGACUAUCGAUUCUUCACCUUCCAUCAACUACAUCACUUCCUCUAACCAAUCCUCUUUCACCAACUGGACCAACCACCAUAACUUCCACCCUCUACCACCACCGGAAACCACCACCACCACCUCCCAAUGCCUCCUCAAAUACAUCCUCUUCACAGUCCCAUACCUCCACACCAAAAACCAUGACGAAACCUCCCCUCAAACUCAUGAUGCAGGCGUUGACCCCUCCUCCAAGUUACGUGGCAAGGGAACACCGCAAGACGAGCUGAGCGCCAACCAUGUCCUCGCGGAGCGACGAAGAAGAGAGAAACUCAAUGAAAGGUUCAUUAUUUUAAGAUCAUUGGUUCCAUUCGUGACAAAAAUGGACAAGGCUUCUAUAUUAGGUGACACUAUUGAGUACUUGAAACAGCUAAGAAGAAAGAUACAAGAUCUUGAAACACGUAACCGUCAGAUAGAGACUGAACAACAAAGUAGGAGUGGUGUAACGGUUUUGGUGGGUCCAACAGAUAAGAAAAAGGUGAGGAUUGUGGAAGAGUGUGGAGCCACGAGAGCGAAAGCAGUUGAGACGGAGGUUGUUUCGUCGGUUCAGGUUUCGAUUAUUGAGAGUGAUGCUUUGUUGGAGAUUGAGUGUUUGCAUAGAGAAGGAUUGUUGCUUGACGUUAUGGUAAUGUUGAGGGAGUUGAGGAUUGAGGUUAUUGGAGUUCAAUCUUCGCUUAAUAAUGGUGUUUUUGUUGCGGAGUUGAGGGCUAAGGUGAAGGAAAAUGGUGGAAAUGGGAAGAAAGUUAGUAUUGUGGAAGUUAAGAGAGCACUUAACCAAAUUAUACCUCACAACAUUUAGUGCAUGAUUGAAAUUGACGAUGAGUUUGAUAAAAUCACAGUGAUAUCGUAAUUUUUUUAAAGUUUUAAAGAGUAAUUUUUGGCAAAACAAUAGUGGUACAGUGUGAUUCUGUCAAACUUAUUGUUAAUCCAAAUAUAUGUUUGAAUCAACGGUGAAUUUGCCAAAAUCAGAAUGAUUAUGUCAAUCUCACUGUGAAUCUAAACAGGUAAUGAUUAUGAUUUUGGCAUCUCGUAUACAUUGGCUUAAUAUGUACAUAUAUAUCAUCUCAAGCCAUGACCCUAGGAAGUGAAGUCUAGUAGUAAUUAAUAAACAACAUUUGGAAGAUAUGGAUUCUAUAUCAUCUAGGUUGCUGCACUGAUUAUAAUUGAUGAUGAUUAAAAGAAAUUAGGAAUACGUAUUGUCUUUAGAAUCUUGAUGAAUAAAUCUAGGAGAAAUUCUAUUUA